CACACCGCAACCUCAUUCUCUCGCACAUGGCGAUGAGAGCAGGCUCGCUGAUCCUUCGAUUUUCACGGCACUCCAAUUAAAGCACUGUUGCUUAACAUUUUGAGGUUGAAGACUCACUGGAAGUAGUGGAAGGGAUCCUGGUCGACACUGGCAAAUUGUAGUCAGCGAAGAAGCGCGAGACACGGAUUUCAUCUGCGAAACGAACUGCGAGCGGCAACAGGUUCAUCUACUUAAGUGCGACGACAUUAUUUGGUUGAUUUGGCUCUUGCCAUAUGAGGAACGGCGGGAGAUCCACAUGACGACUCCAAGAACGACAGAAUAUUCAGGCGGCGCAAUCGCAGGCGUGGGCUGAUGGUCCUCCACUGUGUAAAGGCAUUAGUGAGAAAUUUGGGGAAAUGUUAAGUCGGAUUCCACCAUCGGUCAUCUAAAAGGACAAUGAGUCAAGCCAUUUUUUUUACAUCUCCCCCGCGUUCAUCCUCCAUUCGGGAAACCAAUAUUCGCGCUGUUGCCUAUUUUCGAGAUCCUGUGAACUUGCUAACGAAGAUCCCCGGUAUUACGGCGGUUUGUGGUGGAUUUAGGGUUCAGUGGAUGUUCUUCUUCUGAUCAGGAGUUGGAUUAUCAUUUCCAGGCAUUUUCUAGGAGCAUAUCGACUGUGUGCUUGAUCAACUUUGUUUCCAGGGGUUUAUUUGUGUACUGCUUCAGACUUCUGUUAUCGGCAAUUGUAUUUGUGUUUUUAUUCUCUAUCUUGGUAGGACUAUCGGCAAUUGGCACCGGAAAUGAGAUGUAGCGAUUGUCUCAAUGGAGCAAAUGUGUAUACCGCUAAUGAGUGUGAAGGAGUUGUGGAGGCGAAAGGUAUGCAGCAACAAGCUAUCUGUUGGUCAGCUGGAUCUCUUGUUUACAACGAGAUGCCCUGCUUUGUUGUAAUUUGUUUGUUGUACUUAGUAUCCGUCAAUCGAAGUUGAUAUCAACUGCUCAGAUAUCAUCACCAGAUCAGUGUGUAUACUCUGACCUCCCGGUGCUGGCUAAUUUUUGCAUGACUUGCAACCGCACAAUAGUGACAAAAUUAGGCUAUAAUUCAUAAAUUCUCGGGUUUUUAAAGGGCAGAUCCAGGCUCGUAUCCACAUGUUAAGUGAAAUAUGAGUAGUCAUGGAACCGAAUGGCGCAACUGAUCUUCUUGUUCGGAAUCGAAACUACAACAUCAAACCUGCGAGUCUGGUUAUACAUACACAAACUGUCGAUGAAGAGAUAGCGUUUCCUGCAUUUGCGUUUCCAGUAAAUGACGGAGCAGCUGCAUUAGAUGCAUGGAAAGCUGUGACAACCGCUGGGCAAGGGCAAUCUGUGCAAGUAAGCAAUGGGAUUGACACUUGGGGUUUCCUUCAAGAGGGGGAAGGGAUAGGCGAUGAGUCACCGAAGAUAAUGCCUUCCGCGUUUCACAAAAAAAAUGUAGAUCUGGUACCGGAGUCACGUCCGUCCUUUCCAAGCCAGGUCGCUGAGCCCUCGACAAAGCAAUAUUUGUCAUCUUUGGCCACGUUCAAAGACUUGGAUCUAACUCACGAGAAUGGAAGGGUGGAAAUCAUAGAAAAGUCUGGUAGUGACGUGCCUUUAAGUCCGACGCGAAAGAAUUUAAUCGCUAAUUCUAAGGUGGAGGUAAAGGACUCCACUGUUGCGCCUUCAACCCCGAAAGGGAAAGGGUCAAGCAUCACCUUUAAGGUGACAUCAUUGCAGAAAAUUGCAGCAAAAUCACCGGACAAGGUGAAGCCGGACAAUUCAAGUUUAACAGGGACGACAUCAAGUGGUGGAAGGCCCAGUCUUAUUAAUUCCAGAAGAGGAGAAGAGCGUGGUCGUGCCCGCUCUCCUGCUCCAGAUCAGCGAAGCCUCACGAGCCCAAGACGUGCAGUUCCUGAGCGUUCCAGAUCACCUGUGCCAUUCCGUAAGCAGGAUCGAGGUACCACGGGCGUUAGCCGCUCCCUCUCUCCGGUCCCCACGAGUCCCAGAAGUACCACUCCAACAAGGCGUCCAAGUACUCCGCGCUCAAUAUCACCUGCGCCUCGUUCUCUGGAAAAUUCUCGCCCUUCAAGGAACCAGUUCAAUGGGAGCUCGGUAAACUCUGCUUCUAUGCCAAGCUCACCAAGGUACACUACUCCUACUAGGGCAGCAUCGUUGAAAGCUGUGAACUCGCCUCCAUCUGUGAAACGUAGUGUGUCAAAAGAGCUGCAAUACCCCAUAGCCUCUGGGAACGCGACGUCUCAAAGAGAUCCUUUGAAGAAAGAUGCAAAGGACCAGCACACGAAGUCACUUGAGGAGAAUCAACAUAUUCCGAAGGUCAGGACGUCUUCUGGUCUUACACAGCCCACAGGUUUCAAGUUUAGUACGGAUGAGAGGUCGGAGAAGCGCCGGGAUUAUUACUCAAAGCUCGAGGAGAAGCUGAAGCUCAAGGAGGAAGAGAGGAAAAGUCUCGAAGCGAAAGCACAAGAAGACAAUGAAGCACAGUUGAGGGAGCUGCGUAAAACCUUAGCUUAUAAAGCGAAUCCAGUGCCGAAAUUUUACCAGGAAUCUCUUCCUCCUCCAGUCAAGGUUAAGAAGUCGCCAACCACGAGGGCCAAAUCCCCCAACUUCACUGCUCCUCGACGUAGAGAUAGUACUGGUAGCGAAUUAUCGAACCAUGGGGGAUCGAGUCCUCUGCGGGGUCGCUUUAUGCGAAGUCCAUCCGUGGAAAGUGAUUUGAGCAAUCCUGCCAAUGUUCUGGGCAAGGGCUCCGUAAGGGUAAAGCAGCCAUUUAAACCAAUCUAGCCAGGCCCUCUUUCUCGUCACCCAACCGAUAUAUUCCUCUCAUUCAAGUUACAAGCCAUUGUUCUUCGAAGAAGCCUAGAGUGGAAGAGUCAAAUCUUUCCACAUGAGCUGUAGUCUGGUUCGUCUCAUGCUAGGAAGUUGGACUACUUCCUUGUCUCAACCUUCCACCUAGGAAAGAAGUACUAUGUCUCAUUCAUUUGUUUUUGCUUUUGAUUUUGGAGCAAAGGCUACCUCUGUAGAACUACCGAUCGUCAUUGAGAUCACCCGUUAAAUCCCUCACAAGGCAUCAUUCUCUUCAU